AAGAUAAGGAGAUUAGCCGGUGGGCAAGCGAGGUGCUUCACACCUCAGUUUGCUAGUCCUCACCUCUCACUGUCUGCCCUGUGGCUCCCAGUGCUGACUUCAGAAGCUUCAUCUUGGGUGAAAGAUGUGUGAUCAGACCUUCCUAGUUAAUGUAUUCGGCUCCUGUGACAAAUGUUUCAAACAAAGAGCUCUGAGACCAGUUUUCAAGAAAUCUCAACAACUCAGCUACUGUUCAACAUGUGCAGAAAUUAUGGCAACCGAGGGGCUGCACGAGAACGAGACGCUGGCGUCGCUGAAGAGCGAGGCCGAGAGCCUCAAGGGCAAGCUGGAGGAGGAGCGGGCCAAGCUGCACGACGUGGAGCUGCACCAGGUGGCAGAGCGGGUGGAGGCCCUGGGACAGUUUGUCAUGAAGACCAGAAGGACCCUCAAAGGCCAUGGGAACAAAGUCCUUUGCAUGGACUGGUGCAAGGAUAAAAGGAGGAUUGUGAGCUCGUCACAGGAUGGGAAGGUGAUCGUGUGGGAUUCCUUCACCACGAACAAGGAGCAUGCGGUCACUAUGCCCUGCACGUGGGUGAUGGCAUGUGCUUAUGCCCCGUCGGGAUGUGCCAUUGCUUGUGGUGGUUUGGAUAAUAAGUGUUCUGUGUACCCCUUGACGUUUGACAAAAAUGAAAACAUGGCUGCCAAAAAGAAGUCUGUUGCUAUGCACACCAACUACCUGUCGGCCUGCAGCUUCACCAACUCUGACAUGCAGAUCCUGACAGCGAGCGGUGAUGGCACAUGUGCCCUGUGGGACGUGGAGAGUGGGCAGCUGCUGCAGAGCUUCCAUGGACAUGGGGCUGACGUCCUCUGCUUGGACCUGGCCCCCUCAGAAACUGGAAACACCUUCGUGUCUGGGGGAUGUGACAAGAAAGCCAUGGUGUGGGACAUGCGCUCCGGCCAGUGUGUGCAGGCCUUUGAAACACAUGAAUCUGACAUCAACAGUGUCCGGUACUACCCCAGUGGAGAUGCUUUUGCUUCAGGGUCAGAUGAUGCUACGUGUCGCCUCUAUGACCUGCGGGCAGACAGGGAGGUUGCCAUCUAUUCCAAAGAGAGUAUCAUAUUUGGAGCAUCCAGCGUGGACUUCUCUCUCAGUGGUCGCCUGCUGUUUGCUGGAUACAACGAUUACACUAUCAACGUCUGGGACGUUCUCAAGGGGUCUCGGGUCUCCAUCCUGUUUGGACAUGAAAACCGUGUUAGCACUCUACGAGUUUCCCCAGAUGGGACUGCUUUCUGCUCAGGAUCAUGGGAUCAUACCCUCAGAGUCUGGGCCUAAUCAUAAAUACACUCAUGUAUACCUGAGAAUUUGAAAUCUCCACAUGUAAAUAGAUAUUACUUCUAGAGGAGCUUAGGGUUUACUGCAGUUUAGCUUAGGGGAGCAACCCAUGGCUCAGAGGUCCCCAGGCAUCUCCAAUAUGACUAUUAAAACUGUCGCUUCUGGAAAUACACUAGUGUGAGCCUUCAGCACUACGAGAAAACCUUCAAGUACAGUGUUUUUCUUUUGGAACACUUUUGAAAAUGUAUCUGUUUUUUUCUGUUUUUAAGGUUAUUCUAAAUUAUACUAGCCUCAACUCAUUCUGUCACCAGUAGAAUUCAGCAGUUAAUAUAUUCUAUAUUAUUUCUCUGAAUCAAUUCAUUUUCAGAGUGCUUUAAAGUCCGAUAUUUCUUGAUGUGCACUGUGAUGCCUGGAACCUUCCUCUGGAAGUGCUGGUUUUACGGACUGAGGACUGGUAACUGGUCUGUGAUAGAAGCAAAUUCCAAUUCCAAAUUAAUUAAUUAGACAAAAAUCACUUUUU